AUAUCUUUAUUAAGUUACAAAUGCGAGUACAACAUAUUUUUGUUUUCUUUAUUAUACAACAUAUCAGAAUUUGGAUUUAAAGUUCAACAUUUCAAAAGCAGUUUUUGGAAGCAGGGAUCCGUUGUUAUCUUUUUUUAUUAUUGAGUUGACAAGUGUCAAACCAAGUCAAAUGUCAUUCGCAUUUCGAUUAUUUUGUUGACAAAAUCGUCGAAUUUUGUGUUAAAUAAUUCGAUGCUAUUGUUAUAAUAAACGAAUAAAACGGCAGUAACAUUAAAUAUAACAUAGUCUAGCAGUCGUAGCGAUUGUAACAGAUGUAGUGUAUAAUAAACAAGUGCGAGUGUUAAAGUUCCAAUAGUUUGCAGCAACACCCAUUUUCCAAUCAAAAUGACUUCGAUUUUCGAUCAGUACGAGCAGGCUUCGCAGAGUUCCCAGCGAACUAAACCUGUAACAGAGCCUAUGGUAUCUUCUGGGUACAUAAACAUGUUGAUGGAAGACAAUACUCCAAUGUUUUCCAAGAGUAAAAUGAUGUUGAAGAACCUGUCUGAUGCGAUCACUCAUGCAGCAGUGUGCAACGAUUAUCUAGUUCUUGCUAUGGCUAAUGGGAACCUGUUUCGUCUAAAUCUGAAGAAGCCAGAUCGUGGAGAAGAAAUCCAAUAUUCAAAGUUUGUCCAACCAAACUCGAAGCUAACAGGAAUCUUCCUAGAUCCUCUUGGACAUCACCUUCUCAUGGCAUUUACUUCAAAGAAGAAAGAUGGCUACCCAGAGCUCAUAUACUUACACCAGAGCAGUUCGAAAUAUAAAUUAGUCAGUAAAUCUAGAAACUAUGAGGUUACCGAAGUAGGUUGGAACUGGGAGAACACAUCAGAGGUUAAUACCGGUCCGAUCCUCCUUGGUACGUCUCAGGGCCAUAUUAUUGAGACGGAGUUGGAAGCUGACAGCGAUAAGACUUUUACAGCCAGUCAUCCUUAUUGGAGAGAGAUUUUCGACAUCGGUAAAGGCACGGACAUGCCGAUAACUGGCAUACAGUUCCACAGAGUAAAUAAUACGAGUAGAUAUUUUAUUUUUAUUACUACACCAACGAGGUUGUAUCAGUUUAUGGGCCAAGCUGUCAUGAAGGAUAACAAGCCAAGUUUGCAGUCUCUUUUCUAUUCAUACUUAACUAUCCCUGAGACUGGGUUCCAAGAGAUACCAUCUACACUGAAAUAUUCGAAGCUGCAGUUCUUCGAUAAAAAUGAUGUCCCUAAGACUUUUGCAUGGUUGACUGAGCCGGGUAUUUUCUAUGGACAGCUGGACCCAACUUCUCAACAGAAUUCAAACUCGCUGUUCACACAGGGAGCUCUGAUCAGUUACCCAACAGAUGGAGACGAGCCAGAGAACGCUCCUCUAUCCUUCGUCCUUACAGAGUUCCAUGUACUCCUCAUGUACUCUGACAGAGUCAAGGUUAUCUCUCUCAUCAGCCAGGAACUGGUCUUCGAAGACAGAUACUCUGAAGCUCAAGGGAAGCUAAAGAAUAUAGUGAGAGACGCCAAAAAGAGAACAAUUUGGGCCAUUACAGACAAAUGUGUGUUCCGAUACAAAGUAGUUAGAGAAGAACGAAAUCUGUGGAUCAUUUACUCUGAUAAAGAACAAUUUGAUUUAGCCAAAGAAUACUGCUACAACAACCCAGCUUACAUCGACGUAAUCAAUGUCAAACAAGCUGAACUACUCUUCAAUAAAGGAGAAUAUGAAAAGAGUGCGGCCAUAUUUGCAGACACACAAAAGAGUUUCGAAACAAUAUGCCUCAAGUUCCUUGAAAUAGACCAAAUUAAUGCUUUGAAAGUGUACCUCGAGAAGCGAUUGGAGACUUUGAAAGAAGAUGAGAAGACUUUGAUAUCCAUGCUGGUUAUAUGGAUGACUGAGUUAUAUUUGUCGCAGUUAGGUCUCCUCCGACGCACAGGCAAGCAAGACACAGAGGAAUACCAUCAAAUACAAAGUAAUUUCGAAGUAUUUUUACUUCAUCCUAAAGUUGCAAAAUGUAUGCAGCAUGUCAAAUCUGUUGUGUACGACUUGAUGGCUUCUCAUGGUGAUAAACUAAAUUUGAUCAAGUUGACAAUUAUAAAUGAGGACUAUGAGAGUGUAGUCGCACAGUAUAUUAGCAAAAAGUCUUAUUUAGAAGCAAUAGAUACGUUGAAGACUUUGAAAAGGCCAGAGUUGUUCUAUCAAUUCGCUGCCACGCUUAUGGAGGAGAGUCCUAAACAUACCGUGAAUGCUUUGAUAUCUCAGGGAGCUAGAUUGAGCCCUUCGAAAUUGCUACCAGCAUUUUUGUCUUGUAAGAAUGAUGAGGCUCAUGUGUCAGAGAUCAUACGGUACUUGGAGUUUAUAUUGCAGCACUUUAACGUGAGAGACAAGGCGAUACAUAACUAUUUGCUGACGUUAUACGUGGAACACGAUCAUGAAGCGCUCAUGAUGUACUUGUCCCGGCAAGGACAGGACGUUACUAUGGUCAAUUAUGAUGUGCAUUAUGCUUUGAGAUUAUGUCGCGAAAAGAAUUUAUCAGAAGCGUGCGUGAAACUGUCAGCGUUGCUCGGUCUGUGGGAUUCAGCAGUAGAACUAGCACUGCAAGUGAGCCUGACUCUCGCCAAGAGUAUAGCUGACAUGCCAGAGCAGACGGAACUUAGGCGACAACUGUGGCUGAAUAUCGCUGAAAACGUGAUCACGAAGAACCAGGACAUGCAAGAAGCGAUGACUUUUCUCGAGGAAUGUCCGCUUAUUAAGAUCGAAGACAUACUGCCGUUCUUCAGCGAUGUCAUCACCAUAGACCACUUUAGACAACCUAUCUGUGAUUCUUUGCAGGAAAACAACAAUCAAAUAGAAGAAAUGAAGGCCGAAAUGGAAGAAGCGAUUGCGGCUGCUGAAUACGUACGGGCAGAGAUCCAGUCAUUCCGUAACCGCAGCGUGACAGUACUAGUAUCAGACGUGUGUUGUCUGUGCGACAUCGCGCUCCUACUGCGUCCCUUCUACCUGUUCCCCUGCGGACACAAGUUCCACAGCGACUGUCUCAUGCAGGAGACGUUGCCUAUAUUGACACCAGCCCGCCGCAACAAGCUAUCAGACCUUCAACGGCAGUUGUCAGUUCUAUCCAACAUUGAGCUCUCCACGGUCACAUCCAGUGGCCUCCCACUCCGAGAGAUCCUUAGAAAUGAGAUCGAUGACCUGAUUGCCAGUGAAUGCAUAUUCUGCGGCGAGUACAUGAUCAACUGCAUCGAUAAACCCUUCAUCAAUGAUGAAGACUGGGAGAAGGUGAUGAAGGAAUGGGAGUGAGAAUUGUUAUAAUCUUUUAUUUCUAUUGAAAAUGAUAAUAUCAUAGGUACUGUACAGUGACCAACAGGUCUAUCUACUACGGUCUAAGUUGUUUUCAUUGGAUUUCCGUUUUUAUAGCAAAACGAUAAAGUUGAGAAUCUAAAAAAAUAUUUGAUAGAAAGUAAGUGGCUAAUAUAAUAAGCUAUUCACUGAUAAAUUGUCAUAGUCUAUUUUGUAUAUUCGAAGAUAAAAUAGAUUUGUUCUACUUGUAGAAUGUAGCUGUAAACAUAUUAGUUGGUAAUAUAAAUAUUUUAUUUCUUGUUCUUUUCAGAUAUAAUGUUGUAUGUUAGUUUUACUUUUCCAAGUGCAAUGUAACCUGAGGCCUUUGUACGAGUUGGUUUUACGUUUUAAGUAAUCGUACCGAGUACGCGUUCGGCGCUUUCUGAUUGGUUGGUUCUUUGGCGCCGCCCAAUCACAGCGCCGAACGGGUACUCGUUACGAUUACUUUAAACGUAAAUAAAACUCGUACUAAGACCUCUGUUGAUGAAAAGCUAGCUUUUCUGUAUUCUUUGUGUAAAUGUAUGUAGUUGUACAGCGUGUAUGUGUAGGUAUAAUAUUUAGUUUGCGGACUGAUUUAUUUAAGUGAUGUUUUAAUUAAUAUGCUGUGAUUAAUAUCGGUAGGCCAUCAUGGAGUUUAAAUAUUAUCAAAGUAAUAUAUUAUUAUGUAAUAUAAUUAGUUAUGUAUAUUUUGUA